AGUGCCACCUCGGGCUUCCGUUCCUCUCUGUUCGACGCAACACUGCCGCUCGCGAUGUCUCCGCUGCUGCUGGCCUUAGCUCUUCUGGGAGCCGUCCACGCCGACAAGAUGUUCAGCCCGCCCGCUCCUCCCGCCCCAGGAUACUCGUACGGCGCCCCGGACCUCAGGGCCGACGCCUCCACUCUCGAUCAGCAGGAGCAGGACCCCAUCGCCGCCCUGGCCGCCAACAUCCCCGGCGGAGGCGUCCCUGGCGAGGACUACCCCAUCCUGGCCUCCGUCCCCGACACCGGCUUCUCCUGCGAGGAACAGGACUUCCCAGGCUACUAUGCUGACACCGCCCCGGAGGCCGGCUGCCAAGUGUUCCACAUCUGCCAGUUCGACGGCCGCCAGGACUCCUUCCUGUGCCCCAACGGCACCAUCUUCAACCAGCAGUACUUCGUGUGCGACUGGUGGUUCAACGUGGACUGCGCCGCGUCCGAGCAGUUCCGAAGCCUCAACGCUGACAUCGGCAAGAUCCCCGAAGACGCCGCUGCCUCCAUCCGCAACGACGUCGUGGCACCCAACCAGCUCUAUGGCACUCCCGAGGAGCGCCAGGCAACUCCUCCAACUCCUUCUCAGUCUUAUGGAAGUCCCAAUAGGUUCUAAAUUAUGGCAAGAAUAAGAUGCAGGCACAUGUUUGUAAAUAUUCCUCAUAUAGCUCAUUAUGCUUCGUGUGAUAAAUUUAUGCUCUGUAAAUAAAGCUACCAUCCGCAAAAUAA